AUGGCAUCCGUCGUGCACGCAAUCGAUCCAGAUCCAGAUACAGUGUUAAUUCUCACAAAUCCUUGCACAACCUUCGCGCCUUGGGAACAUUAUCCUCCUUUGGCACCUGGUGGACUCACUGUUAAUAGCAGUGAAACGUUUCCUGAGGACGAAGUUGCACCUUCACUGACUACACACAAAGAGCCUGUUGAGCCUGAAGAAGAGUCGAUCCACUACCAUGUUUCCUCACGCCACCUAAUGCUCGCGUCGCCUGUGUUCAAGCGAGCGCUAAACAAGGAUGGGUUCGCCGAAUCCGUUCGCAACGAGAUCGAUGGUUUCUUCCAUAUACAAGCCAGUGACUGGGAUCCAGAAGCGUUUCUCAUCGUUCUCCGAAUUUUGCACGGUCGCAACAAGCAGGUGCCACGAAAAGUGAGUUUGGAUAUGCUUGCCAAGAUCGCUAUCCUCGAGGACUAUUACACUUUCGGAGAAUCCCUGGACGUGUUCACAGAGAUUUGGGUCCAAGAACUCAUCAAGGUGUCUAUACCUACAGUAUACUGCAGAGAUCUGGUAUUAUGGAUCUGGGUAGCAUGGUUGUUCGAUAAAGAUCAGCAGUUCAAGGAAGCCACCACCACAGCUAUCAAGCAAAGCACUGAAUCUCUCCGUACCUUGGGUCUUCCCAUCCCUGCGAUAUUAUCAGACGAAAUCGACAAUACGCGGUACCAGGCCAUCGAUUUUGUUGUCGAGUCCCUUCACGAACGUCUCGAGAGGUACCGUUCCAUCGAUUAUGUGUGCCCAUAUGGUGACAAUUAUUCCUUCGAGUGCGGAUCCUUUCUUCUCGGAAAUAUGAUGAAAGAGCUGACCCGUCUGAACCUAUAUCAACCACGCCCAGAGGUUCCGUUCCCUAGCUUGAGUUUCAAGGACUUGUGUAACCGGGUGAGAGGCAUACGCCCUGCUUGCUGGGCUCCUGAAGGGCACUACCACAGCCAUUCAUGUACAUUGGAUGCAGCGAUGGAAACUCUGAUAGAGGAUGUAUCGACUGCAGUUGGAGGGCUGAAUCUGGGCGAUCUCAAGAAGAGACGGGAUGGCUGA